GGUUAUCAAAAUAUUAUCUUUUAAUUUCUUGAGGAACGAGUCAUCAUGGCUUUUCAGGGUUCAGUUGCACUGAACCUUCUUUGCAUAUCUGCUCUUGCAAUUCUAGCAUGCUUCUCUAUCCCCACUCAUGCAAUUAUGUCAAGUAAGAUCACUAGAUCAGACUUUCCAAAAGAUUUUCUCUUUGGAGCUUCAACUUCUGCCUUGCAGAUUGAAGGAUCCUCAACAAGUGAUGGAAAAGGAGAAAGUAUUUGGGACUACUAUUCAGAAAAUAAAAAAGUUAAAGUAAUUGAUGAUAGCAAUAUAACAACUUCCAUAGAUUCUUACAGACGGUACAGGGAAGAUUUAAUACAUCUAAAGAACCUUGGUGUAAGUGCUUUCAGAUUUUCCAUUGCUUGGACCAGGAUAAUUCCAGACGGAUCUUUGAAAAAUGGGGUAAACCAGCAAGGAAUCGAUCAUUACAACUUGAUCAUCAAUACAUUAAUCGAAUAUGGUAUCAAACCUGUUGUGACUCUGUAUCACUUCGAUUAUCCCGAUGCCUUGGAAAGGAAGUAUGGUGCCUUCUUAAGCCGAUCAAUUGUCGACGAUUUUAGGGACUAUACUGAAGUAUGUUUUAAGGCAUUUGGAGACAGAGUAAAAACCUGGAUUACAAUAAACGAGCCAUAUGUGAUAUCAGCAAUUGGGUAUGAUUUGGGACAAGCCCCGCCAGUGAGGUGCUCCGACAGGAAAAUGUGUACUGCCGGAAAUUCAUCUACAGAGCCUUACAUUGUCACCCAUAACCUCAUGCUCUCUCAUGCGGCCAUCGUCAAGCUUUACAGGGAGAAGUUUCAGCCAACACAAAAGGGAGAAAUCGGAAUGUCCCUCGUCGGACAGUAUUACGAGCCUUAUACUAACUCAACCGAAGACAUAGCUGCACAAAAAAGAGCCCUCGACUUCGGAAUUGGAUGGUUUAUGGAGCCAUUAGUCUAUGGAGAUUAUCCAAGCAGCAUGAAGAAAUUGGUAAAAGAAAGGCUCCCAACUUUCACUGAAGAAGAGAAGAAAUCAUUGAUUGGAGCAUUUGAUUUUAUUGGCGUAAACUAUUAUUCAUCACUUUUUGCCAGAAACAUCCCAAUCAAUUUAAAUGCUACACCUAUCAGCUACACUGAUGAUCAAUUUGCAUUCACCACAGCUACCGGCAAAGAUGGGAAAUUGAUCGGCAGAAAGUACGACGGAAUUUCAUCGAUUUAUUAUUACCCAGAAGGAUUACAGAAAGUAUUGGAGUACCUCAAUGCGACAUACAAAAGCCCUAAAAUCUACAUCACGGAGAAUGGAGUAACCGAAAUGAGAAAUGACAGUCUAGACCUAAUUGAAGAAGUUGAUGAUCCACAUCGGAUCUUGUAUAUAAGAGGGCAUAUACAUCAUGUGAAUAAUGCACUUAGAAAUGGGGUGAAUGUAAAAGGAUACUUCUACUGGAGUCUGUUCGAUUCCUUUGAAUUUUAUUCAGGCUACACAACAAGAUUCGGUCUCUAUUAUAUCGAUUACAAGGACGAUCUUAAGCGUAUCCCCAAAUCAUCAGCCAUCUGGUAUCGUAAUUUCUUACGACAACGCAGCUAGUUAUCGAGUUCCAAAAAAUGAAGCCCCAUUGAGUUCGAAUAGAGUUACAUAGAUAGAAAUUCUUUCAAUUUGUUGUAUCUGAUUUAUUUUAUGUAAAUUCAUUUGAUUCAAUUAAUUAUAAUUUUUGAUCAAGAUAAAAGUUCAGUUGCAUUCAAUUAUUUGAUGUGUGAGAAAUCUGUACUAAGAACAAAUAUGCUAUACAUGAAAUGGUUCAAUGUACAAUCUAGAGCUAUACAAAAACAA